UACAUUUUUCAGAAUGGAGUUGUCUGAAACACAGGUUGCAGAAUUUGAAGAAGCUUUUUCCAUGCUAGACCAAGACUGCGACGGGUGCAUCACCAUUGAAGAGUUGGGUAUGGCAAUGAGAUCAUUGGAUGUAAACCCUACUGAAAAAGAGCUGAAGAUUAUGGUCAAUGAAGUUGAUGUUGAUGGGAAUGGAACCAUUGAAUUUGGGGAGUUCUUGAAUCUUAUGGUCACAAAAAUGAAGGAAUGUGAAUUAGAAGGAGAGCUUAGAGAAACUUUCAAAGUUUUUGACAAGGACCAAGAUGGGUAUAUAUCUCCUUUUGAGUUGAAGGCAGUGAUGAUGAACCUGAUUGAGAGACUCACAGAUGAUGAGGUUGAGCAAAUGAUCAAAGAUGCAGAUUUAGAUGGUGAUGGUCUUGUUAACUAUGAAGAAUUUGUUAGAAUGAUGCUCAUUGUUUGAUCAUUAAUAUUUAAAAUGUUUUUUUUUUAAAUUAUUAUGGAUUUGUUGGGGAAAAUAAUUAAUAGUAAAAUCUCCGAGCACAUCUUUAGUUAGAUCAAGAGAGAUUAAUGAUCAAAUUAAACCUCCUAGCAGUCAAGUAUAUAUGUCUUACUCAGGGCUUCCAAAUGUUAUAAUUAAAUAACAAAAAUAA